AUGCUCAGUCUUCCUCUGCUGCUGCUGCUGCUCUGGAGCAUGGGGUCUCAUGGCUUCCCAGUAUCGCCAGAAACACAAGGAGAAGAUGUGGAGCUGGUCCAGAAAUACUUGGAAAACUACUAUAAUUUGAACAAAAGGAUGCAUGUUGGAAAACAAAAAAGAAGUGUUAAUAACCUGGCUGAACUCCUAAAACAAAUGCAGAAAUUCUUUGGGCUAAAAGUGACUGGGAAGCCAGAUAAUGAAACCCUGAAGGUGAUGAAGCAGCCCAGAUGUGGGGUGCCUGAUGUGGCUUUGUUCACCACCAUGCCAGGGGGCCCUCGUUGGAACAAAAAGGAUCUGACUUACAGGAUUAAAAAUUUCACACCAGAUUUGCCAAGAUCAGUUGUGGAGAAUGCCUUUGAGAAAGCCUUUCGACUCUGGAGUGAUGUCUCACCUCUGACAUUCACCAGGAUAUUUUGGGGUGAAGCAGACAUAAUGAUAUCCUUUACCAGAGGAGCUCAUGGUGACAAUAACCCCUUUGAUGGACCUGGAGAUACACUUGCUCAUGCUUUUGGACCAGGUCCACGUCUAGGAGGGGAUGCUCACUUUGAUGAAGAUGAAAUGUGGAGCAAUGAAAAUAUAAGAGAGAUCAACUUGUAUCUCACUGCGGCUCAUGAAUUUGGCCAUUCCCUUGGACUUGGUCAUUCUUCUGACACUGAAUCUUUAAUGUACCCCGUCUAUUCCUACAAUGGUAAUGUUCAAUUAGGUCAAGAUGACAUCGAUGGCAUCCAAAAACUAUAUGGACCUCCCAAAAUUCCCUUGGGAGGAGAGGAGGAGAAAUUAGGCUUAAAAGCUCCAGAUGUGUGUAAUAGUCAGGUAACCUUUGAUGCUGUAACUACACUUCGGGGAGAAAUAAUGUUCUUUAAAAAAAGGUUCUACCUUCGUCUACGUCCCUCAUAUUUAGAAGCUGAAAUCGGUUUCACUGCUGCUUUUUGGCCACAUCUGGCAAAUGGAUUUGAUGCUGCUUAUGAACUUGACUACAAAGAUGAAAUCCGGUUUUUCAAAGGUUACAACUAUUGGGCUGUUCAGGGACAGAAUGCUCUACCCAGAUAUCCCAGGAGUAUCUACCACUCUUUUGGUUUUCCUAGGACUGUAAAGCAAAUUGAUGCUGCUACUUCUGAUGUAUACACUUGGAAAACAUACUUCUUUGUUGCUAACAAGUACUGGAGGUAUGAUGAAUACAGACAAUCCAUGGAUAGAGGUUAUCCUAAAAUGAUAGCCCAUGACUUUCCUGGAAUUGGCAACAAAGUUGAUGCUGUUUUCAGCAAAGAUGGAUUUUUCUAUUUCUUUCAUGGAACAAAUCAAUACAAAUUUAAUAUGAAAACAAAACAAGUGACUAUACUGAAAUCUAAUAGCUGGUUCAACUGCAGAGGAUAUUGACAAACUAUUACAACAUUAAUGAAAAACGAUUUUGUGAGCCCAAGGA